CUCCUCCUCUCCCAAAAGGAAGAAGUUAAAACUCAACAGUUGGUCGUGGUCAGCCACAGACGUCUGACGCCUCCCCUAGUGUCCAGUGAACGGGAUUCUCAGUGACACUCGCUCACAUUUCGGGACUAUUAUUUCACCUGUCGAAGUCUCCGUCAAGGUCAAAUGCGGGAUGACCUCGGAUGAGUUAUAUUGGUUACCCGACGAUCACGAAAACCGUGAGAAGAGGUGAAAACGGCCGCGUCCGAGAGAAAGGGGCGGGGUCAGAGAUCAGAGACACACAACAACACAUCCACAAAAUCUUCUUCAUUCAUCCGGAAGCUAAACUUGAAGGCAACUCACUCACUCCGUUGUGGUGCGCUUCCUUUUCAAGGAUGGGAGGCAGAACUGGGUUCACCUGCGUCCGUCACACGCUGUGUGUUCUGAACACCUUCAUGUGGGUCGUAGGAUGCUCCAUGCUGGGAGCAGGGAUAUGGCUCCGCCUGGCAUACGGAGGCUACGCGUCGCUCCUGCACCAGUACGCCGCGAUCUCUGCGGAUUCCUUGUGCUUGGCCGCCGGCGUCAUCACCUUCAUCCUGGCCUUCUGUGGAUGCUGCGGGUCCUGGUUCCAGAGCCGGUGUAUGCUGAUCACGUACUUCAGCCUAGUGGUAAUCGUCUUCGCCCUGCAACUGGUGGCGGGGACUCUAGCUUUCGCCUUCCGGGCCGAGGUCUCUUCGACAUUGAUCUCCGAGCUGCAGGCGGGAAUCCGACGCUCUUUCAACGAGACGAACGAAAACGCCGUCGCUAUCACUUGGAACCACCUUCAGGCUAAGUUCAGGUGUUGUGGUGUUGAGGGACCCAGCGACUGGUAUAACAUAGCAGCUUGGCCGAGAGAGGAGUGGGUGCCACGUGCCUGCUGUCUUCCUAAAUACGUACAUAACCCAGAUUGCGGCAAGACGGACGACAAAGACAAGUAUUACCAAUCAGGCUGUUUUGUGCAAGUCAAAAUGUGGUUCAUUGAACGACUCCACCUUGUGGGAGUUAUAGGCCUAAUCUUUGCUUUUGUCCAGCUUUUCGGCAUGAUCGCAUCUAUGCUCCUGUUCUGCACCCUAGGUCACAAAAGAAGAUCGCACACGUAUAAAUCGUACCAUUCGGACACAUGACUGUUGCCCGAGUACAGGGUGUAAUCGUGAACACGCUGGAAAAAUGAACUGGAAGAUGAAGAAGAAGAAGUACAUAUGUCAACAUGGAUAGACUUGGCCUUUGAACUUUACUUCUUGAAGCUGUACAGUAAGCCUUGGUGGGUUUUACACUCUUGGGUCUCUCUUUAUACUCGUGUGGCGGAAUACGGUCGACGUUUGCUGUGCAUUCUUCUGCCUGGAGUCACUAGGACGCUCCAGAAACCAGUUCCUGGAAGAUGAUAGGAAGACUAAAAUGCACUGGCGCCAUUAUGAGUCUAAAGAGGGCGCUGACUUGACGGAAUAAGGCUUACCUUCCUUUUACUUCUCUUCCAGUACUUUGGUUUUUCCUCUAUCUGGAAGAGGAUUCCAUAGCCUGGAAUCAUACAACUUUUCUUGUCAUCUCUGCCCGCCAUUGUUGGUGUUUCUCUCCCUGGAAUCCUUAAUUUUUCCUUUCAUUCUCUUCCAGAAAUUUGUGAAUUCUAUGGAAGAGGAGCUAAUACCUGGAAUCCACCAGACUUCAUUUCCGUUUCAGGAAUUCAGUCUCUUCCUGGAAUUCAGCUUUCUCUCUUUCUGGAAGAGGAACCAAGAGACUGGAAUAGGUAUUGAAAACAUUACAGUUACUGUCCACAGAUGUACUUCAAAACGCGAGGAACAAUUAUUACAGGCAAAACUUGCCAGAAAUAUUGUUCAUUCAGGAGAUUGGUGUUCGUUUUCAUUCGUGUUGUUCAUCCAGGAGAAUGUUGUUCGUUUUGGACAUGUUGUUCAUCCAGCAACCCUGUACUGCUUGCCCGAUUCAAUUAACUGAUUCACAAAUAUUGACAGAUCAGUCAUCCUACAGUGAUCAUUUUAUAUUCAGGGAGAAAUAUAAGGUCACAGAUUAUGUAUUUUUGCUUUUCAUGUUUUAUUUGGUGUUGUAAAGAAUAAUUGUAAACAUAUCAAUUCUUCUAGAGAUGUGAAAAUUUUAUGUUGAAUGUUGUCGGUUAUUAUGUUAUUAGGGAUUUUGUAGUAUAACAUAACAUAUUUGAUAAAACCCAUAGAUAUGAAAUGUACAAAUGGUUUUUAUGUGUGAGUAGUUUGUUUA